UCUGGUAGCAUAUGAGAGUGGAUUCUUGUUUUUCACUGAAAAUCUCAUAUGCUACCAGAGAAUCUACAAUGAACACCUCAGAAACAACAAAACCCAGUACCCCACAGGCUUGUGGGUGUGGGGGUGGUUGGCACCCUAUGUGCACUACACAACCCCUCGCUCUGGGAAACCCCAGUGCCCCCCAAGUGGAAUUAUGGGGCUGCUGAAACUUCCAUUAUUCCCCAUGGGAGAAAUCUUAAAGACACGUAAACUUCAACAAAUCACAAAAGAGCAGCCCUUUGCCCAAUUCCUUUGAAAUAAUUCUGAAAGUUUCCUUGCCCCCAUUGGGCACUACCACCCACCACACUCUGCUCUGGGUCAUCCCUUUCCCCUUGAAAAGCGAUACAUUUGCUGGAAUCCCCAUUAUUUCCUAUGGGAAAAUUCUUAAAGAUGUGUAAACUUAAAAAAAUUCACCAAAAAAAUCAGCCCUUUGCCUAAUUCCUUUGAAAUGUUGGUGGUAGCUUCCACCCAUUGGACACUACCACCACCACCCACUCUUUUUGCCCUGGGACCCUUUUUAAAAAUCCAAAUCGAUUCAGAUUCGGAAAAUUUGGCUACAAAACAAAACAGGGCUGAUUUUGAUUCAGAAAAUUUGGGUACAAAACAAAACAGGGAUGUUUUGAUUCGGAUACAAAUCAAAACAAGAAAAUUCCAAAAUGCACACCCCUAUCAUCUGAUGGCUACUCAGGGAUGGGCCUCCUCUAUUGUUGCUCCGAGGCUUUGGAAUGCUCUCCAGGGUGCUUUCCAGAUUAGACCUUGCAACAGGGUCAUGUUGGAUCUCGGAAGUGUGCUUUCACACUUCCCAUGUUGUGACACCGCAGUUCCUAUGUGGACAGCCACGUGUCGUUCACAUUGCCAAGGCCUUGUCUUGCAUUUAAUUGCAGCGAUAUAGAGCUAGGAUGUUGUAUAUCUGGCGUAAAGAAGUUGCUGUUUUUUCGGGUUGUUAGUUGCUGCGGGACUGCUCCCCCUGCUGUUUAUGUUUUCAAUGCGACUUGCCUGAACGGAGGCAUUUUGCUGCUGUUGAGCAGCUAACAGGAAAGUGCUCUUCUGAGAUAAGAGCCUUCCCAUCUCUGACAACUCCUUAAAAGGCAGUUAAGGAACAUUUGUUCACCCAGGCUUUUAAUUAAAUUUACAGUUUUUAACAUUGUGUUAAAUUUAAAAUUAUUUUAAUGUUUUAACAUUUUAAUUUUGUUUUAAUUUGUAUUUUACUGUAAACUGCUCAGAAGCAUACAUUUUUGGUGGUAUAUAAAUAUGCUAAAUAUAUACAUACAUACAUACAUAAGGGUUUUUUUGGCUUUAUAGUGCAAUCCAUUCUAUGCAAGCCUACUUAGAAGUAAGUACAAUUGGUUUCAAUCAGAUUUUUUCCCAAGGAAGUGUGUAUACUGGCACGACUGUGCCAAUAUAACAAGAUUUGCAGCAUUAAGUGAAAAGCUCAAGGUAUUCUUUGUUCUAUUGCUGCUAUUAAUAUCUCUAACUUAGUGUAGUCUUCAUUUAUUUUGUAUCGAUGUUUUUGUGUGUGGGGGGGUUAAAGUUUUGCUUUAUGUUACCAUGAAUUCUCCUCCCCCUACUCUUUUCCAGCCUAUACCAGUAUUCUAAAUGAAAAGGAGUCAUUUUGGAGUUACAUUUUAUGUUCUUAUCUCAGGGUGUAAAUGGUGACUGUGACAAGGUUCAAGCAUAAAAGCCUUAAUCCCUAGCAACAGUUUUGUAGGGUCAAUUGUAGAAUGCAAUAGUGAUAAAAAUGCACUCAGCACAGCUCCUCAAUGUGAGCUUUGAUUAUGGGGGUAUCUUCACCAAUCUUACCUUGAAUCUUCACCAAUAAAAAUCAUAUUUAAAUCCAUAAAUAGCAUUUUCAGGUAUUGGAAAAUGGAGUGGGGUGGUAUUCUGCAGCUGGCUUGGAAUCCUGGGGCUAUUUAGUUUAGAAAAAAGACAACUGCAGGGAGACAUGAUAGAGGUCUAUAAAAUCAUGCAUGGUGUGGAGAAAGUGGAUAGAGAGAAAUUGCCAGGAAAUUUAGGACAAACAAACGGAAGUACUUCUUCACACAACGCAUAAUCAACUUGUGGACUUCUCUGCCACCAGAUGUGGUGACAGCCAACAACCUGGAUGGCUUUAAGAGGGGUUUGGAUAACUUUAUGGAGGAGAGGUCUAUCAUCGGCUACUAGUCAGAGGGCUAUAGACCACCUCCAGCCUCAAAGGCAGGAUGCCUCCAGGUACCAGUUGUAGGAGAGUAGAUGGACUUUGGGCCUUCCAACUGUUCUUAUGUUCAUGACAGCACUACACACAGCUAAUUAGAAAUGGUUAUAAACUGAACUUGUAUAUUGGGAAAUGUUGGGAUAUAAGGUCUGGGUGUUUAAUGCUCAGGUAAAUGGUCAGGUAAAGAGUUCCUCUCCAACUAUUGUUGGUAGACAUCCAGAGCAAAUACAAGCCAACUAGACCAUGCAUAGGGUGUCUACCUGGAUUUAGAAUGCUUGAAUAUGGCAUAUGCUUAUGCUUACAGCAGCAUUCUUCUGAAGAGGCAAUGAAAUGCUGCCAGUAACUGUGAUGGUGGGCAUUGACCUAAACCUGCCCUUGGCCUAACAAAAUUGAUUUGUCCUCUUUCCCAAGCAGGGCCCGCCCUGAAUGGGAGACUACAUGUAUGAGCACUGGAAGAUAUUCCCCUCAGGGGACUGGGCUGUUUUGGGAAGAGCAUCUGCAUCAGAAGAUUCCAAGUACCCUCCCUGACAUCCCAAGACACACAGGGCUGAGGGAGACUCCCACCUGCAACCUUGGAGAAGCUGCUGCCAGUCUGUGUAGACAAUACUGAGCUAGAUAGACCAAUGGUCUGACUCAGUAUAUGGCAGCUUUCUAUGUUCCUAUAUAUAAACUCAAUAUGAUAUACGAUUGUGUGUAGCCAUAUAAGUAUAUUGUUGUCUUAUCAAAACAAUAAUGCCUGUUUUGGGGUCUUCCUCCCUUCUUUGUUUUAUAUUAUGUACACCAUCUAGAGAAAGGGAUAUCAGGAGGCAUAGAAAUAUGAUCAAGUAAUAAGCAAUCAGUCAAUACAUGAUGAAUGGAUAAAAGGUGCAAUUGUGUGUUCAUGUACUAAGCCAUUGCCAAACAUAGACUAGAGCCAAGGGGAUGAAAUGACAAGGAAGCAGAUUUAGGAAUAUCAUAACUGUAUGGGCUGCAGACAGUGCAACCGUCUGCCUCAUGCUUGCAGUGGUGGUCUCCCCAUCUCUGGAGGUUUGCAGACAGAGGCUGGACCAAUAUCUAUCAGGGAUGCUGUAAGUCCCCUGCUAACUGAGCCAAGAGGCACCUUUUUAAAAGUGAUGAUUCUCUUUUUUGAGCAGAGGGAGAGUAACUGGCCCUAUCCAUCCCCAGCUCAGCAUCCCUCCAGUGGCGGCUGUUGGUGUUGUCUUAUGUUUCUUUUUCAGAUUGUGAGCCCUUUGGAGACUGGGAGCCAGUGUGUGUGUGUGUGUGUGUGUGUGUGUGUGUGUAUGUAAACUGCUUUGGGGAACUUUUGUUGAAAAGCGGUACAUAAAUAUUUGUCAUAGUAUGAUCGUAUUAUUCCUCAGUCGUUUCCCCCCUGCACUGAGCAGGGGGUUGGACUAGAAGGCCUCUACGGCCCCUCCCAGCUCUUCGAUUGUAUGAUCCCACGGCUUGUCCCCAGGGACGCAUCCUGAGAGCAGACGGCCUUUGCUGGGGAGGAGAAGAUGCUCCCAGCCAGAAGGGAAGCGGUGUAAAUCACAGCAGGAGCCGGGAGACUCGCGUGCCAGUGGGCUGCAUCUUCCCCAAUCUGCCCGGCUGCUGUUCUCGCCUCCCCGCUCCUCCUCCGUGUCUGCUGCAGCCUUGAGGCGCCCAUGGCCCUUGUGGAUCAAUGAGGAAUCGCGAUGUUGACCAGCAUCACAGACGGGCUCUUGUGCUGCCUGAUGGGCAAAACGCCCAAUGCAGUGGGUCCCCUGGAGAGCAUAGAGUCCACUGAUGGUUAUAGCUUAGUUGAGGUAAAGCCUGGGCGGGUCUUACGGGUGAGACACAUUGCUCCAACUCGCGCUUCGGGGGCAGAGGAGGCACCCCAGAAGGCAGGCACAGUGCGCUGCAAACGCCGGAUCACUGUUUACCGCAACGGGCAGAUGGUUAUUGAGAAUCUGGGCGAUGCCGUCCGCUCUGACAUUCUCCACUGCCAGAAUGGCACCGAGCCCAACAGCACGGUGGAGCUGGAAGUCUCAGACUCCAACACCGCACCGCCACCCUCAGCCAACCCCUCCGCCACGGCCAGCAAACGCCGCCGGCGUAAGCCAAAGAAGACAGUAAACAUUGACUGUACCAAGUUCAUUACCAGCUGCAAGGGGACCCACAGCGACGUGGUCCUCUUCUUUAUCCAUGGUGUGGGGGGUUCCCUGGACAUCUGGAAAGAACAGCUGGACUUCUUCACCAAGCUGGGCUAUGAGGUGGUGGCCCCGGACCUUGCUGGCCAUGGGUCUAGCUCAGCCCCACAGAUCGCUGCUGCCUACACUUUCUAUGCCUUGGCUGAAGACAUGCGCACCAUGUUCAAGCGUUAUGCCAAGAAGAGGAACAUCCUCAUUGGACACUCAUACGGGGUCUCCUUUUGCACCUUCCUGGCCCACGAGUACCCAGACCUAGUCCACAAGGUCAUCAUGAUCAACGGAGGGGGCCCCACAGCCUUGGAGCCCAGCCUGUGCUCCAUCUUCAACAUGCCCACCUGCGUCCUUCGCUGCCUCUCCCCCUGCUUGGCUUGGAGUUUCCUCAAGGCUGGCUUUGCACGCCAAGGCGCCAAGGAGAAACAGCUGCUGAAGGAAGGAAAUGCAUUCAACGUCUCCUCGUUUGUCCUGAGAGCCAUGAUGAGCGGCCAGUACUGGCCGGAGGGGGACGAAGUCUACCAUGCCGAACUAACCGUGCCCGUCCUGUUGGUCCAUGGAAUGCAUGACAAGUUUGUCCCGGUGGAAGAGGACCAGCGUAUGGCUGAGAUCUUGCUUAUCGCGUUCCUGAAGGUGAUCGAUGAGGGUAGCCACAUGGUGAUGAUGGAGUGUCCAGAGACGGUCAACACCCUCCUGCAUGAAUUCCUGCUCUGGGAGCCAGAAGCUAUUCCAGCUGGGGACAGGCCAGAAGCGGAGAAGAAAUAAUGAAAGUGGCACCGAGCGACCGAGAGGCCUGCUUGUGCUGCUGCUUCCACAGACGGAAGGACUUCCCAGUUUGGGGGCUGUGGCAGAUCUGGGGCAGAAGGCCCACCCCACCUUGGGGGAAAGCUGCUUCCUUCCUCGGACAUGAGCUGGUCAGACCGGGCAGGGUCUGGUUCCCGCAGGACUGUGGCAGGAGCAAGGUGAACUCUCAAGAUGCACCAGAAGGGAGGGAAAGCCAGCUAAGGCGAGCUUUUCACAACAGUCCCCGCAUAACAUCCGCAUCCAUUUCUCACACCCAGCCUCAAGCGAGCUGGAGAGGGGUGGAUGUGGCUGAGCUCUGGAGGUGUCGUGACAUUUCCCACUCAGUACGGAACUGCAGGCAGAAGGGAAAAUGGUGGAGCAAAGAUGGGAAACUGGUGGGCUGUCAUUCUUUCACUGGGCCAAUCUGGUGGCCUCUUCUUGGUUUGAGGCUCCCAGGCCAAGGGGAUGCCAUUUAAGACGCUGGGGAUUUAACAGGUCACUUUCUGAAGCUCUCGCUGCUCUCCAAAGGACUCCUCAGGUCUGGCUGACCAAUUCUUCAUACUGGUGGACUCACACAGGAGGAGAAAAUGUGGCAGGACAAACGUUCCAGCUGUGGCGGGUUGAUAUGAAGAUUGUCCAUUGCUGGAAAUCGACCCCAUGGCUAGGCUCAAACCUGCCUUGGGCAAAAACACUUCUUGUCAUGGGGCGGAAAAAGUACCACUUCAGGGUUGAUCUUCUUUAACUCCUGAUUUUGAGCUGAAAGUGGUUCCGAUGGGUUCCCUGAGUGUUAUUUAUCCAUUUAUCCCCAUCACAAGUUUCCGCUUUCAGGGUUGCUUCUCUUAGUAGCACCCUCCUGUCCCUGGAUACUCUCUUCCUAGGGCAAGGGGUUCCCAAUCUUGGCUCCCCAGAUGGUGUUGGACUACAAUUCCAACCAUCCCCAGCCACAUUGUAGCUGGGGAUGAUUGGAGUUGUAGUCCAACAACAUCUGAGGUUAAGGGGACCCCUGUCCUAGGGCAUAUAAUUAUGGAACGUGGCCAGAGUUGGAAGGUACCUUCGCUACUCUUGUUCUUCAUUGCAGCUUGUAAAUAAACUUUUCAAAAAUUGGAACCACCAAGGGUUCCAUAGGGCAAACACUACCCCUUCCAGCAUUUGGCCCUCCUUGGGUCCAGAAAACUCAAAUGUAACCAUACUCAUGAUAUUUUUGGACACUGCAAAACAUUCGCAAACACUCACCUCCCUUCCUGUUCAUGAUGAAGAGAAAUCAGUGGGAAUCAUACCCUUUCUGGGGAUGAAUUUCUGGGCCAGGGAGAGUUGUUUUGGUGCUCAGGCUUGAAUCAAAGGACAGGGAAGGUUUCUUAGGAAUAAAUACAGAAACCUAGGCAUCUGUUCCUUGAAACCUUCAUGAGACUAGCUGAUGUCACUAAGAAUUGGAUGUGUGCUGUUGCUGGCUGCCUGCCUGAGCAUGACCUUGUGGAGAGAGAAAUUAAUAACUAAUAAAGCUUCUGAGAGGUACAAUUUCACAUGCCUUCCGCAAAAUAAUAAGUAACCCAAAUCGUAUCUCUUUGGCUAGCAAUGUGAGCUAAGAGAUAACACCACUUCUCUCUGUCCCUUUACUGCUGCCUUUCAGGAGAUACCAAAAGGUUGACUUUCAGCCUUGUGCCCCAUAACAUGCUCCAUAGCACAGGUUGAUUUCAGAUGAGCUUGGGAGGGCUUUCCCUUGGCCAGCAAGUCUCCAGCCCCCAUUCAAAAUGACAUUUCAAGCUCAAAUGACUGUAAGGAGCCUGUGCAGAGAUGUGGCCAGGAUGUGGCCCUUGAGCUGAUUUGACUUUGUGGAUGAGGUAGUGGAACUUAUUUAUUGUUUAGAACAGGUAUUCUGUCCCACUUUCCCCAAAGCCGCAUACAAAAAUCAGAAUAAUUAACAUGUUGUCAUCAAAACCAAACACACCUGUUGUUAAAACAUUAAACAAAAUGGGAACAAUAAAUAAACAGUUUUAUUAAAAAUGGCA